AUGCAUUUCAACAAACCUGAUCCAAUGAAAUUCUUCAUCCUAUUCAUCGGUCUUUGUAUUUUCUGGACUACAGAAGCGCAACUCGUUGCACCUUCUGGAUAUGAACUACAACCAAAAAAUCCAAGAGUUGUACAUGCUACUGGCGUUGGUGGUCAACUAAAAUAUCAAAAAGGGGUGGAAGAGGCUGAGGGGAUCCAGGCAAGAUCGGAAGCACAGGAAUCAACAACACCUGCUGAGGAUUCUGUAGCAAAGAAUGAACCACAAAAGCCAGGAAUUCGUCCUCCACCUCGCGUACGUGCACCUAUAUCCCCUCCAGAUUAA